CUUGGUCUGCUCGCCGUAUGAGGAGGAACUGGAGGAGGGGCCCGUGUCGUCGGCCCCGACGCGACGCCUGUCACCCCCUCGGAGGAGGCGGCGGCCGUGCUGGGCCCGGGGAGGGACGGCCGGGGAGGCCAGCAGCACCACCCUCCCUCGGGAGCUGCGGGAAUGGGCACGGGGGUGUGGGAACGGCUCGGGGCCCCGACCCCAGCACGGAGGAGGCGGGGUCCAGGGCGCGGAUGGCCUUGGCAGACCUGGUGCAGAUCAGCCCCCCAGGGGUGAAGUUCUGUCCCCCUUCAACUGGGGAAACGUCGUGAUUUCCUUGUGAAACCUUCCAGUGAAGUUCUUGGGCCAAACUUCAUUUGAUUUCAGCCUGACGGACAGAAGAGCCUUGUUAGACACAGAAGACAGACCGGGGAUCUCUCUUGAUCUGGGCUUCCUGUCAUGGAUGAAGAGACUCGGCACAGGCUUGAGUGCAUCCAGGCCAAUCAGAUCUUUCCCAGGAAGCAGCUGAUCCGGGAGGAUGAGAAUCUUCAGGUUCCGUUUUUUGAGCUCCAUGGAGAGAGCACAGAGUACGUGGGCCGUGCUGAGGACGCCAUUAUUGCCCUUUCUAAUUACAGACUUCACAUCAAGUUCAAGGAGUCUGUCGUUAAUGUUCCAUUGCAGCUUAUAGAAAGUGUUGAAUGCCGAGACAUAUUUCAACUACAUUUGACUUGCAAAGACUGCAAAGUUAUCAGGUGUCAGUUUUCAACCUUUGAGCAGUGUCAAGAGUGGCUGAAGAGACUAAAUAAUGCGAUCCGACCACCUGCUAAAAUAGAAGAUCUCUUCUCAUUUGCAUAUCACGCUUGGUGCAUGGAGGUUUAUGCCAGUGAAAAAGAGCAGCAUGGAGACCUGUGCAGACCAGGGGAACAUGUAACGUCAAGGUUUAAAAAUGAAGUGGAGCGGAUGGGUUUUGAUAUGAACAACGCCUGGAGGAUUUCCAACAUCAAUGAGAAGUACAAGUUGUGCGGUAGUUAUCCACAGGAGCUCAUCGUGCCUGCCUGGAUCACUGAUAAAGAGCUAGAAAGUGUAGCGAGCUUCAGGUCCUGGAAGCGCAUCCCUGCCGUGGUCUACAGGCACCAGAGCAAUGGCGCGGUCAUUGCCCGCUGUGGUCAGCCGGAGGUCAGCUGGUGGGGCUGGCGAAACGCAGAUGACGAGCACCUGGUGCAGUCGGUGGCCAAAGCCUGUGCCUCGGACUCCCGAUCCAGCGGCUGCAAGCUGUCGGCCAGGAGCGCUGCUCGAGACUUUGCCAGCGGGACUGGCCUCUCGGAUGUGGAGUUCGAUUCUUCAUCAAAUACCACGGGAGCAGAGAGUCUAGCCAUCCAGCCACGGAAGCUUCUGAUCUUGGAUGCACGCUCCUAUGCAGCAGCUGUGGCCAACCGAGCCAAAGGAGGAGGCUGUGAAUGCCCAGAGUAUUACCCAAACUGUGAAGUGGUGUUUAUGGGGAUGGCAAACAUUCAUUCUAUUCGGAGAAGUUUCCAGUCUCUACGAUUGCUGUGCACACAGAUGCCGGAUCCAGGAAACUGGCUCUCGGCUCUUGAAAGCACAAAAUGGCUCCAUCACUUGUCUAUGCUGCUGAAGUCGGCCCUGCUGGUAGUGCACGCUGUGGAUCGGGAUCAGCGGCCAGUGCUCGUGCACUGCUCCGACGGCUGGGACCGCACGCCCCAGAUCGUGGCGCUGGCCAAGCUCCUGCUGGACCCUUACUACCGGACAGUAGAGGGAUUCCAGGUCCUCGUGGAGAUGGAGUGGCUGGAUUUCGGCCAUAAGUUUGCUGACCGCUGUGGGCACGGGGAGAACUCGGACGACCUGAACGAGCGCUGCCCGGUGUUUCUGCAGUGGCUGGACUGCGUGCAUCAGCUUCAGAGGCAAUUCCCUUGCUCUUUUGAGUUCAACGAAGCAUUCCUUGUCAAACUAGUGCAGCACACCUAUUCCUGCCUCUUUGGAACAUUCCUGUGCAACAAUGCCAAGGAGCGAGGGGAGAAGCACACUCAGGAGCGCACGUGCUCGGUGUGGUCACUUCUUCGGGCUGGCAACAAGGCUUUCAAGAACCUCCUGUACUCCUCGCAGUCAGAGGCCGUGCUGUACCCCGUGUGCCAUGUACGUAACCUGAUGCUGUGGAGUGCGGUGUACCUGCCGUGUCCAUCCCCGUCCGCCCCUGUGGAUGACAGCUGUGCGCCGUACCCAGCCCCAGGCACCAGCCCCGAGGAUUCCCCGCUGAGCCGGCUGCCAAAGACUAGAUCAUUUGACAAUCUGACCACGGCCUGCGACAACACAGUGCCUCUGGCCAGCCGGCGCAGCAGCGACCCCAGCCUGAAUGAGAAGUGGCAGGAGCACAGACGAUCGCUGGAACUCAGCCAUCUGGCCGGCCCCGGGGAAGAGCCCCUGGGUGUGGACGGCCUGGGGAAGCCCAGCAAAGCACCGGGGGGCGCUGAGCUGUCAGUGGCGGCUGGGGUGGCCGAGGGGCAGAUGGAGAACAUCUUGCAAGAGGCCACUAAAGAGGAGAGUGGGGCUGAGGAAGCUGCCCACAGGAGGGGCUGUGAGACACAGGAGGUCGAGGAGGAGGCACCCUCGGGAGAGGAGGGCAGCAGGGAGAGCGCGGCUGUUGCACUCCACCAAGACCCAGGACAGCAGGGUGCUGCUCUGAGCAGCCAGCUGGGCCCGAGCCUGCCUCUGCUUGCCCAGGGUGCUUCUGAGUGGCAGGAUGAACCGAGUCUUCUCCCCAGUUCUCGGCAGGUGCCCUUGGCAGGGGAGGAGUCCCAGGCGGCCCCUGAACAGCUGCAAGCAGCAGAUGCCACACAGGGAGGGGAGGAAGCCAUCCUUCCGAUUCCUGGAGGUGCAGAUGUUGGCUAUGGUGCCUCUCAGUCCAGUUCUCUGUCACCUUCCCAAGUCCCAUUUGAGACCAGAGGACCAAAUGUGGACAGCCCCAUGGACCUGAUGACAGAAGAUAAGGUGAAGUCAGAAAGUGGUCCCCAAGGACAUCACAAACCUUGCUUGGUGAAGAGUGGCAAGGACACGGGGCCUAGGCCUUCCGAGAGCUUCCAAGCAGAGUUUGAGGUGUUCAGGACUUCCCCUGGCAGCACUCGGAACCCACCCUGUGCCCCCUGUGCCUUGCCCUUAGCUAAAUGUAAAGAGGGGCUUGUGUGCAAUGGUGCCCUGGAGGCAGAAAACAAGGCCUCAGAACUGCCCCUAGCGCUCAGUACCUUCCACAAGUGCCCUGCGCUCAACGGGCAUUGCGCCAACGGGGAGCUUGGUAGGAGCAAGGACUCUGUGAGCCGCCAGGUAACGGCUAUGAGCUGCAGCUCUGCCCACUUACAGUCGAGGAAUUUGCACCACAAGUGGCUACACAGCCACUCUGGGAGGCCAUCCGCAGCCAGCAGCCCUGAGCAGCCUUCCCGCAGCCACCUGGACGACGAUGGCAUGCCUGUGUACACGGACACGAUCCAGCAGCGUCUGCGUCAGAUCGAGUCGGGCCACCAGCAGGAAGUGGAGACCUUGAAGAAGCAAGUCCAGGAGCUCAGGAGUCGCUUGGAGAGCCAGUACCUGACCAGCUCCCUGCACUUCAAUGGGGACUUUGCGGACGAAGUGACUUCAAUCCCCGACUCGGAAAGCAAUCUGGAUCAGAGCUGUUUGUCUCACUGCAGCACAGAGAUUUUCUCUGAAGCCAGCUGGGAGCAGGUGGAUAAACAGGACACAGAGAUGACUCGUUGGCUCCCUGACCACUUGGCUGCUCACUGCUACGCCUGCGACAGUGCCUUCUGGCUCGCCAGCAGGAAGCAUCACUGCAGGGACGCUGACUGUGUUGAUCAAACGUGGAAUUGUGGGAACGUAUUCUGCUCCAGUUGUUGCAACCAGAAGGUUCCAGUUCCCAGCCAGCAGUUAUUUGAACCCAGUCGAGUAUGCAAGUCUUGCUAUAGCAGUCUACACCCCACGAGUGCCAGCAUUGAUAUUGAACUGGAUAAGCCCAUUGCUGCCACUUCAAACUGAAGCUCAGUAACUCCGAGUGGGCACAGGCCAAGCUGCUGUCCUCGGAGACCCACCCAGCCUGGGCAGCUGCGAGGCGUGUGCAUUCUGGAAUGGGAGCAUGCAUCCACCUGUACGGAGAGACAGAAAUCUGGGAUGUUACCACUGGAUUGUAGAUUCUUUCCUCUUCUCCCCCAACCCCUUUUGCCAUCCUCUGACUUCACACAAGAAAAAUGUCCUCUGGUUGUCUUAAUCUUUACGGGGGGUGGUCUAUAGAAUUCCCAGGCCCCUUCUAACUGCUGAGCCACUGCUUCAGGGCUGCAGAGGUCUGGCUUGGUUCUUUCUGGGUGGGAGGAAGCUGGCCAGGGCCUGGAGUGGAGGCCUUGAGAGAGGGAGCAGAGCAGCUGGCCAUUGCUAAUGUUGGUAACAACACCUCGCAUCCCUGCUGGUGACACCACAGCACCUGCCCUAGGAUCUCUGCUGUCUCCCUCCUGAGGGGCUGGGCUAGGCCCACCUCACAGGCAGCGAAGCAGGACUGCUGUUUUUGGGGAAGAGGCACACAGCAAAUGGAACCCUCUGUGCAAGGAAGGCAAGCUGCUGCUCUGAGGCGAGUGAGAGGCUGGGUCACCUGCGUGUUGUGCCCUGUGGGAUUCUGCUUUUUAAUCUGGCUGUAUCUCCAGCUCCCCGUGCUCCCCUGGGCUGGGCCGUGUGGCGCCUCCAUACUCGGGCACGAGUGCAGCCUGGCCGAGAUGCAGUAUCUUGCUGCCACGACCAAGGCCUGAGCCUGCCCUGAGCUGGCAGCCCCUUCCAGAGCGUGGUCUCCCCAAUAAUCUCUCCUCCUUGGCCAGCACUGGGAAAUCCAGACUCAGGGUUCCAGAAAUUCCCCUUUCCCAACCAAGCCAAUCAUGGAUCGCCCCCUCCAAGGGCAGCAUCGACCUUAGGAGUUAGAAGCCUCUGGGAAAAGGAGCAGGUCCCAUACAAUCAGCCCUCGUCCUGCCGCUGGCUGCCUCAGUGACCCUGUAUCUGGCACCUUGGCAGAGUUCCUGCAGGAAAUGGUGUGGUCCUUUCCUCACUGAGCUUUGAUAUAGUCCAAAAAGAGCCUUAAAUCAAGAGUAUUUGUGGUAAGGUGGGUGUGGGGGGAGAGGCAGGGAGGAGUGGAUUCAUGCUUACGUUGGCAUCUGUUUCUACGCCUGCCUUCCCGAGGGCACAGCACCAUGUAAGCUGCUAAAAGGUGACAGGGUAGACAGUGGCAAGGGGCUGGGAGUGAGGACAGGGAGUCCUUCGACUCUGGCCUGCCCUGGACUCCACUUCCCCUUUGGAAUGAGUGACCUGGCCAGGGGCACUGUGUGCCGGAGGAUGGUGUGGCCUGUUGGCGCCCUGAGCAGGUGACAGCUGAGCGCUGCAGUGGAGCACGGCGGAGCAGCUUUGCUCCACGUGCGUGUGGCCUGGUGACGCAGGUGAGAAGCAGGCCUAACCGUAGGUUGUGCAGUUCCUAGUGACAGGUGCCAAGAGGUUAUGAUACGGGUUACUUGGGUCUGAUGUACAGUGUGAAUAAAUGCUUGCAGCUCUUAGCCCUUUUUUGAUCAAUGAAGCACUUUUUUAAUAUUUUCCUUUGUAUGUAACGGAGGAACUGUAACUCUCCGUGGUUGUACAUAUAACCCUUUUCUCCUAAAGAGGAGUCAGUGCUCCUAUAUUUUUCAUUUUUUUUUUUGUCAAAGCAAGGAGUAAAUACUUUAGAAUUGUUAAAUAUAUAAAUAAAGCGAAUAAAGUUGAGUGUUUCGCAUGGUA